UGUGCUAGUGGCUGAGCAGGACGGUCAGAGGGGAGCAGUGCAGCAGCAGCAGCAGCAGCAUCAGAGGCGGGUGGGAGGCUGGUAGGAUGUUGCGUCUGCGCUGCCGAUUAGGCUGAUCAUAGCCGGAGCAACGAUGCAGUGACAGUCUACAAGAAGACACGGGCGCGCGCGCACACACACACACACACACACACACACACACACACAGAGAGAGAGAGAGAGAGAGGGAGGGAGGGAGAGUAACACACGAUUGCGCACGAGAGAUGAUCCGCUCCUAGACUAUGGCACCGUCGGGCUCGCGUAGUAUCAAGAAGGGCUGUCAGAGAGUUUUGUACUGGAUCCCGGUCCUGUUCAUCGCCCUCAUAGUCGCUUGGUCAUACUACGCCUAUGUUUUGCAGCUUUGCAUAGAGUCCAUUGAAGACACAGGAGAAAAGGUUGUAUACUUGCUGGUGUACCAUGUAAUUUUCAUCAUGUUCGUGUGGGCGUACUGGCAAACCAUCUUCACCAAGCCCAUGAACCCCCUGAAGGAGUUUCACCUGUCCUACUCUGACAAAGAGCUGCUGGAGCGUGAAGAUCGGGGAGAGUCUCAGCAGGAGAUCCUGAGGAGGAUAGCCAAGGAUCUGCCCAUCUACACCCGCACCAACUCUGGAGCAAUCCGUUUCUGUGAUCGCUGCCAGCUGCUGAAGCCUGAUCGAUGUCACCAUUGUUCAGUGUGUGAUAAAUGCAUCCUGAAGAUGGAUCACCACUGCCCGUGGGUGAAUAACUGUGUGGGAUUCUCCAACUACAAGUUUUUCAUGCUGUUCUUGGCAUAUUCGCUACUCUACUGCCUUUUUAUAACUGCUACAGAUCUUCAAUACUUCAUUAAAUUUUGGACAGCUGGAGGUAGAGCACAUUUCCGUCUGAAAGAAUACCUGAACGGCCUCCCAGACACUCAGGCGAAGUUCCACAUCCUGUUCCUCUUCUUCUCGGCCUCCAUGUUUUCAGUCAGCCUGGCUUCGCUUUUCAUCUAUCACUGCUGGCUCGUCUGCAAGAACAGAUCCACCCUCGAGGCCGUGCGUUCUCCAGUGUUUCGCCACGGCACAGAUAAGAACGGUUUCAGUCUGGGCUUCAGUAAGAACUUCCGCCAGGUCUUUGGUGAUGAAGCUAAAUACUGGCCUAUUCCCAUUUUCUCCAGUUUAGGGGACGGUUGCUCGUUCCCAACCUGUCUGGUGAAUCUGGACCCCGAGCAGCCCUCCUCACCCACUGGCUCCAACCCUGCCAACAAGGGUGCAGCAGAGGGCCGCCAGUUCCCCUCCAAGCCGCUGAGGGAGUCUCAGAGCCGACUGCUCACCAGCACCCCCUCCUGGACGGAGAGUGACAGUGCAACAGACAAAGACAAGAAUGGUGCCAGCAACCAAGGGAUGACCAUAGAAAAUGAGGCGUAACCAGAGUUAGAGAUACACGUGACACCUUCAACCCAGAAAAGUCUAUGCUGCCCCCUCCUCGGUGUUUGUGCCUAUCAGAACGUAACGUGGUGGUGACAUCAUCAGUAUUUGUUGUUUUCCAUACUGCACCCUGCUUCUGAGAGGUUUACAUGACUGAUAUCACGUACAAAAUGACUAUUAUCACCAGUAUUGCUGUUAUUGUUAUAAGCAACCAUAUCUGCUGCUAUCUGAAAGUACAAGAACAAGUGGAUUGAAAUUGCUUUCCAACAAUCACGUUUUCUUUUGUUUGCAUAUGAAUAAGCACAGAGCAGCAAUGGAAGAGACGUUUUUUCACUUUGUAUACUACAAGAUCAAUCCGAACUUCUUUUGUAUGUUACAGUAGAAUUACUUGUUUUAUGUUGUUUUCAUAGCUUAGCACAAAAGUAAAUGCUGUUAUGAGUUUGCCAAAUGUUUGCAGAUUAAGUAUAGAUUUGUAGUGGUGUUAAUGUGACGUAACUGAUAUUCCUUUAGUCUUUUUUUUUUUUUUUUCCCAGUGGAGUUUUUUUUGUGCAGGGUGGCAGGUUUUCCACUCACCAUGCUGAGUGUCAUGGAAGUUCAAAUGAUGCAUGCUCUCAUCUCAGGAUGUCAACACAAACACACCUUGUUGUAGUGAUCUGUACCACAAGAUGUUCUCUCCUUUUGCUUGGAAACAACAAAAAAAAAAAAAGUGGAUUAAUUAGUCAUUUGAAUAAGGGCUCUUCUGACUUGUUAUAGCAUGAGUGAGGAUGUUGCUGUCACACUGAAACACCUGUGACAGCGUGUCCCUCUGCCAAAUAUCUAAACUGCUGUCUGGUAGCAUGCAGCACACGUCAAACUGCCGGCCAAAAGCUUCCUGACUGUCUCUGGAUGAUUAAACCAUCACUGAAAACUAGUUGGGAGAAUGUAUGCUUGUUUCAAAAAAGCUUCAUGGGGACAAGUCAGUGUCAAUCUAUAUUUUUCUAUUCUUCUGUCUGUAUGACUGAAGAGACAAUAUGGAUGUGUGAGGCAAUGUACUGUACAGUCGUGAUGCCUUAUAAGAAUAAAAGGAGCUCAUCUUCA